UGUGACGACUUCGUCCCUUCUACCACACCAACCAUCAACCAUCCAAAAAAACAGACGAUGUCGAAGCGCAAAUGGGACCAGGCUAGCACAAAUAUCGACGAAGCAGCACCCAUUAGCAAGGUAGAAAAAACAGAUGACAGUAAAACCGCCUCCGAGGCAGCGGCUGUUGCUGCUGCCAUCGCUGCCAAAAUCGCAGCACAAUUCGCUGGUGGUACAGGACUUACCGGUGCGAUGAAGGAUCCCCACGACGCGGAAUUUACUCACGACAUUGACAUUAACGAUGUCAGGAAUCGAUAUUUGUUGACCAAAUCGUCUACGCAACAGGAGAUUCACGAGGACACUGGAGCAUCUGUUAGCACCAAGGGGGUGUGGUAUCCCGAUAAAACCAAGGCCACAGACAAAGAUCCACCUUUGUACCUGCAUAUAAUGGCAAACACGAAAGAAAGUCUACAGAAAGCCAUCGACAAGAUCAAUGACCUAAUGUCCAUUGAUAUGGGGUCGCUAGUGGAAGAUAAGAAGGAUAGGAUGAGGGAAAAGAGAAAAUGGCCUGAAGAAAAGUUGCCCGUCGGUCUCGACUCCAUCCGAAACUUCAAUGUACGAGCGAAGGUGGUCGGACCUAGCGGCUCGUUCGUAAAGUAUAUACAACAGGAAACAGGAACUCGAGUCCAAAUCAAAGGCAUAGGAUCUGGUUUUAUUGACCAGGAGACGGGUAAAGAAAGUGACGAGCCGCUGUACAUCCAUAUUACCGGUCCGGAAGAAGGCCAAGUCGCAAGAGCGAAGGUGCUGACGGAAGAUCUUCUGCUCGUCGUUCGCUCCGAGCACGCGAAAAUGGCAGUCGUAGCUCAACAACAACAAAUGGAACUUCAUCAAGCUCAAGCUCAAUAUGCUGCAUACAGUGCAAUGGCGGUAUGUCUCGUCCCAUUACUCACCAGUUUUCAGUAAACCUUCUUUUUCUCUCUCCAUCACUGAAUGCCGCGUGACGUUACACGACUGAGCGAGACUUGGUUUGACUUGACCUGAGUUACGAGGGCUAACCUGUUCUUUGAACUAACGCUUAUUCAGGGAUAUGCCCCGCCUCCUCCUGCGGCUGCACCUCCACCUCCGCCACCUGGUGAACAGCCUCCACCCCCUCCAGAUGGACAACAACCGACUGCGCCUCAGGGAGAACAGCAAAAUACGGCCGAAGCCUAUGCAGCUUAUUGGGCUCAAUACGGUUAUGAUGUCAACUCUCCCCAAUUCAAGGAAUGGGCUGCGACUCAACAACAACAACAGUAUAGUCAAUAUUAUGCCCAAGCUGGGUAUAACGGUGUUGCUCCGGAGGGGGAUGCACAACCUCAACCGCCGCAGCAAGCUCCACCUCCACCACCGCCGCCGCCUAGUUAGAGAUUCUGUGUAAAGCUUGUUAGGUAGUGACGGGUGAAUCUGAUUAGCUUGGACUA